UCCUUCCCCUAUUUGCCCUAGAAAUAGCAAUCCUACAAAUUCGGCUUCUAUCCCACGAUCUCUCACCACGAUUUCAACUCCUCACCCACGCAUUCUUCUGUCCUACAUUCUCAGUAACAUGAUUUCACAGUUUUCUCAAUUCAGUUUUCUACUUUUACAAUAUAUACUUCUAUUCUUUCUCCCUCGUGUGCGUAUCAAACAACAAUUGUGGACUACAAGAGAUGUUAUUGGCGAAAUUGUGAGCUAUGAAGACGUACAAUCUAUCAAACAAGAUGAUAGCAUCCGUAUGUUCAUGAACAUUGAGAUACAAGAUUAUGAGAGCAAUAACAUUUCUGCAACUCUUUGGGGAGACUUUGUCGAACAGAUCAAGCCACAUUUGAAUGGAUCCAAUGAUAAGCCUGUCGUCGUCGUCAUGCAAUUGGUUAGAGCACAUCGAUAUCGAGAACAAUAUUCGAUGAGGAACACUUGGCACGCGUCGAAGCUUUGGAUCAAUUCAAAUCUUCCUCAAGUUGUUGACUUUUGCUCCAGAAUGGUUUUUGUGCGUGGAGAAAGCUCACAAAGAAUUACUCAAAUUUCAUCUCACAAAACUCAUUCUGUUGCUGAUGAGCUAGCAUCUGGAAGCAUUGAAGUUAAAACUAUUGAGGAUCUGAGUGACUGUAAGCAUCCAGGAGAUUUCUGGGUUGUAGCAACUAUUGUACACGUAGAAUUAGACCGUGGAUGGUACAUGCUACAAGUUAAGGUGAUAGAUUGCACCGGUAUAAUUUCUUUGCUGUUGUGGGAUAAGGAUGCAACUAAGAUUAUCGGAAAGUCGGCAAAUGAUUUAAAGGAUGCUGUAUUCGAGAAUUAUGGUAUUGCAGACGACUCUUCAUGUCCAAUGGAGAUAGAAAAUAUUGUUGAUAAAAAGUUUAUGUUUAAAGUGGAGGUUAAGAGUUCGAACGAUAACGAGUUGAUCGAUGUUGCAAAUACACCUGCCAAGAUGGGUAUAACUAAUCUUGCAGCAGUGGUUGAAGAAGAUUCGAAUGCACAGUUAUCGGAAAAUAAGAUCAAGAGAGUAUUUAAAAAGAAGACAGCAUAA